AUGGACGGUUCCGUUUUGGACGAACUGAACUACCUCAAAAAGCUGGGAUUCAACAAGAAGAACGAGGACGAGAUAUGGAACAAGUUCUGCGUGAAUUGCGACGCGGGCGAUCACGAGAAGGGCGACAUCAAGGCCCCCCAGAAAUUUUCCUCGCACCCCAAACGGCUCUGUUCGGAGACCGACGCCUCGGUCGCCUCGUCGCGACGCACCAGCGUAUCUUCGAAAAGUUCCGACGCGAGCUUGAACCUGAAACGGAUCAACUUCAUUUACGAGCAGAAUAAGGCCAAGAUACAAAACGCCCGGAAGAACUUGACGCAAACCGGAAAGAACGUCACGUACAAGCUGGACCUUGGGAUGGGCGACAGCUGCGAGGUGACGCCGCGGAACCGCGACGACAAUAUUAUAACUUACUACGACAGCGGGGAAAAAUUCGCAGGGGUUGGGGAAAUGAAAGAAAAGGAGGACUCGUCGUCUAUCCCGGACAAAUUAAAAGUACCGUCCGUCUCGAAUUCCGAAAGGGAUUUCGAGAAGAUCCCGUCGUCCCUGUGCUCGUACAGGAAUAUCGUCACCGAUUCGAUUUUUGAGAAAAAGUUCAGGACUUUCAUCGAAAAGAGUCUCCACACCAUAACGGAUAUAAGGUCUUUACUAGAAGGCGGCGCAAAUCCUCCUGAUGGAGACGAGGACGAGUCUAGGAGGAUUGUACGAGUUAAGGAGUUCUCAAAUAGAUUUUCAAGGAACUAUUUGUAUCCGUUAGCCCGUCAGCUGGAGGAGCUGAUCCAGAUGUCGCCGCGCAACCCCACCUUCAACCAGAAGCUGCUCUCCUCGUACCAGAUCAUCCUGAACGGCCUGCAGGCGUACCACAGCCACUUCCCCACCUCCACCGGCCUGUGCUCCUCCGACAGGCUGAAGAUGCUGUUGGCGCACUCGGUGCAACUGUGCCACAUCCAUUCCAAAGUCAUCAGACGCCCCGACGACGUGGACAACGAUUUCAUUAACACGUUCAAGGCCAACGCCGAGCUGACCUUGCAAAAGGUCGACGAGCGCUUCAGCGCCAAACUCCCAGACGGCAAGCAGAAGCCCGACCCGCCGAAGGCCAGCGCCAAGCGGGCCGGGAAUGCGAAAAUUUCUAGCAACAAAUCCAGGAAGGGCAGCCUAGAGACCAGACUGUCCAUGUACAACGUCCCCGCCAGCAACUUCAGGAAGGACCAGCACUGGAAGAAGAUGAUGGAGCUGUGGGCCAAGAAGCGGACGAACGUGAAAUCCCGCUACAAGACGGCGACGUACCGCCACAGGCCCCCGGUAGAGAAGAAGUCCCCGGAGUCGCUGCCCAGCAAGUGCAAGCUGUUCGCUAAGAAAUCCUCCAUGAUAUUGAAGCGGACCCCGCUGACGACGCCCGUCGACGAGGACAACAUCACCACCAUGGUUCAGAUGGAGGGAGGCAGGAGUAAGGGGGAGGUCGUGGGCUCAGGGUGCAAGGGCGAAAAAUCUACGGAGCCCGCUGCAGCCGUUGCGGAUCACGAAGGCAUCGUGGUGAAGCUGCUCCAGCUGGUACUGGAUAACAAUCGCGGAAGGACGAGCUGCGGCGGUACGGCCGAGGAUGGCGCCGCCAAGGUCGCGGAUAUAUUGGAACGGCUCAAGGCCGGGGGGGACGUGGAGGUGUUGCGGAAGGUGCUGGAGGCGGUGCAGAACGGCGGCGAGGAGAAGGCCGGCGAGGGAGACGAACAGCUGAGGCUGCAGAUCGUCGGGAACCAGGCGGACGCGGGGGAGGCGCCGCCGAAGAGGAGGAAAGAGCCCACAGUAACAAUUACGGGAGAGAAAAAUGCCAAGUUGAUCUGUAUCACGGACGAAAAUUCAAUCGUAGAGGCCGAGGACAACCCCAAGUCGGAAGACAAAGACUGCAGCACAGAAAAGCCGAAGCCUGUGAAACCCGUCUCAUCUACGGAAACGCAAACCGUCGUUACGGCUAGUAAAAAAAAUAAGAGCACCCAGAGGGCGAGAAAGAACGAUUCGUUGAAGAUGAAGAGACUCCCGAAGUCCUCAAGAUACCUCCAAAAGUUGCCCAAGGAUUACGCCCUCAGCGUUAUACAGUACAAACUCGACUUCCACAAGCACUGCAAGCAGAACCCCAUGUACAAGAAGACUACCAAUGUGCAACCGUGGAUAUUAAUGGCGAGAGUAUCCGACCAGCUGCUAGAUAACGCCUUACUGGGAGUGGCCAGAGAAAUAGAGCUGAACGACGUAGUUCAGCAGGUUUACGAUUCGGAGCUCCAUUAAAAAAAAAACUUAUUUUUUACUUAGUUUGUUAAUUAAAAUGCCAAGGUGUCGGAAAACAUUUAUACUUUAUUUCUCUAAGGGGCAAUCGAUCAUUAACUCACAACAGAGGGAAAAAAUGCAUGAAGUUCCAUACAGGUGAAUAUAAAAAUUCAAGAAUCACGAUCUAAUACACAAAAAAA